AUGCAGGCUUGGUUUCAGUGUUUUUCUACUCAUCUUGAGCAUUUGGGAUUUGUUGCUUCCAAGAUUGAAACCUCAUUAUUCAUGUGCUUUCAUGGGCCUACUACUAUCUACUUAUUGAUUUAUGUUGAUGACAUUUUAGUUACAGGGAAUAUUGGGUCUCAUUACCCAGCUAAUUCUCAAUUUGAGCCGUUAAUUUUCUACGAAAGAUCUUGGUCCCUUGCAUUACUUCUUGGGCAUAGAAGCGGUGUGGACCUCCACCGGCCUGCAUUUAUCUCAAUCCAAAUAGAUCCUGGAUCUAUUGACACGCACAAAGAUGUUAGACUGCAAACCGUUGCCAACUCCUGCUGUUGGUGGCUGUCGUUAAGCUUGCAUGAUGGUGACCCGUUAUCUGAUGUUUUCGAGUAUCAUAGUGUGGUUGGGGCUCUUCAAUAUCUUACGUUCACAAGUCCAAACAUUGCCUUUUUUGUUAAUCAAGUCUGCCAAUUUAUGCACAAGCCCGCGAGGACUCAUUUGGUUGCUGUCAAACAGAUUCUUCGUUAUUUGAAGUCUACCUCUGAUGAUGGCCUUGUAUAUAAGCCUAGUUCGUUAAGUCUUACUGCAUAUGCUGAUGCUGAUUAUGCCGGUGAUCCUGAUGAUCGUCACUCUACUGGAGGGUAUUAUAUCUAUCUUUGUGUAAUCUUGUUUCCUAGAGCUUUAAGAAACAGCGAGGUGUUUCACAUUCCAGUAUUAAGGCUGAAUACCACUAAUUAG